AUGGGUUGGGAUAUCCUCAACUUUGCAACCGACGAAGUAGAAAAUCCUCGAAGAGUGCUUCCCCUAGCAGCUUUAUGCGGGAUUGGAAUCUCUGCAGUUGUUUAUCUUUUAAUUAAUAUUGCCUAUUUUUCUGUUUUAACUAUUGAUGAAUUUUUAAAUACUGAAGCUGUUGCUUUUAAAUUCGCAGAAAAAACAAUGGGGGAUUUUUCUCGUAUUUUUCCCUUUUUAAUUGCUAUACUUUUACUUGGAAAUUUAAAUAGUUCAAUUUUUGCAUCAUCAAGGUGA